CCUCCCCUUUUCUGUCCUCCCCUUUUCUCUCCUCCUCCUCCACUAACAGCAGCAGAAGCUCCCAAGACAUGGAGAGCUGGUAAAAGCGCAGCAGUAGCAUCUCUCCUGUUCCUCCUCUUCGGUGGAUCUUGGAUCUACCAUGAGGUCUCCGCGGUUCUGGGCGGCUCUGUGCCUCCUCCUCACCGCCUCCUGCAGGCUGUGCACGGCCGCCCGACACGGUUGUUUGUUUGAAAGGAAACUUUGUCCCAGAGGUCAGCUGUGCAGCGAUGAUGGUUUGUUUGGACAGUGCCAGGUUCCAAACCAGGAGCCUGUCCAGUACCAGGUGUCUGUUCCAGUUCUGCAUAAGCUGCAGGAAGUUCUCAAAGACCUGAUGGUGCAGGGCCUGACCUGGAAGGACGAUGUGACCCAGGCCAUCAUCGGGCGAGAACUUAGCCACGUUCCUACUGUUGGUUCUGGACUUCAGGAGAAAUCACCCAAACAGUUGUCCAAGCUCACGGGUCCUGGUCCACAGAAAGAUCUAGGUCCUGGAGAUCCAGCAGAUCCAGAAAUGAUGCAGCAGUACCUGGACUACAUGGUCCUGGACCCGUCCAGGUCCUCGGUCCACAUGCAGACGCCCCUGUUGGACUCAUACACCUACCACAAGCAGCAGCAGUUUGGCUUCCAGGAUGAAGAGGAGCGCUCCCUCAACUCUCUGGAUGAUAAUCCAGCUUUCCCCCCUUCCACAUCCAGAGGAAACGCUCUAGACCAAGACCGACAGCUUCUACAGGACCUGGUCUCCUUGUACCUCACCUCUCCUUCCUCGUCCUCCUCUUCUUCACAGUCUCUGCCUCGCCUCAGGGGAGCAGUUUCUCCAGGCCUCCCCUCCUCCUCCUCCUCCUCUUCUUUGUUCCCUGAGCUAGACUUCCCUCUGGACUACAGGGAGGACUAUGUUUCCCAGGUCAGUCAGCUCAGGAAGCCACCGCCAUCACAGCAGCAGCAGCAGAAGAAGAAGACGGAGUCAGCGUUUGACAUCCUGUCAGGACUGGAUGAGCGCUCUCUGCAGAGACUCGCUCUGCUGGCCGACCACUACGGCCUGGACAUGAAGGACUUGUCUCCGGAGCAGAAGGACGACCUGCCAGCAGCUCUGACGCAGCUGCAGAACUCCUACGCCUCCAAACAGAGCAAAGAUAAGUCUGUGGACAACGCUGCCUGGAAGAAGGUGGGGACGUCUCAAAUAACAGGCACAGAGAGUUCAAAGGCCUAUAAAACUGGAUUUGAGAAGGCUUCACUCCCAGCUGCCAAACCAGAUGGAGGAUCAAAGGAGAUGACUCCUGUUGAGACAGCCAAUCAGGACAGAGGAGGACAGAAAGAGACGGAACAAGCAAAGGAGUUUGGAUACAUCGUCACCAAUCAGAGUGUCGUCGGACCAUCUGUCACAUUCCGGAUCCGACCAAACACCAAGAACCUGACGGCUGCAGACGCAGCUGGCAAAGCAGUAGCAGAGAAGAACUUCCUGGAGUCUGAGACGGGUCUAAAGGUUCUGCAGAGUGGAGCCGAGCAGGUUAGUGAGGUCAAGUCGUUGCCCCUGGCGACCAGAGUGCAGCCCGGCUCCCGUUGGGUGUUCGCCACGCUGGUGGCGAUGGCCUGCAUUGGUGGCAUCCUGGUGGCGGCCAUGACCAUUGCCUGCCUGCGUCACCACGCCCACCGGCUGGCGGCGAAGAAACUGGGCCUGGGACCAGAGGGAGGUGGCUUCAGCCACCAGGAGUACCAGGACCUGUGUCGCCAGCACAUGGCUUCUAAAGGUGCCUUUGGGCGAAUGGAGGCCGCUGCUCUCGGUGCAGUGGGAGGAGCCAGUGGAGGAGGCGUUGGAAGUGGAGGCGUCGGAGUGGGGUCAGCAGGAGCAGCGGGAGGUGGUGGGGCUGACUCUAGGGUGAGCAGCGUGUCAUCCCAGUUCAGUGACGGAGCCCAGCCCAGUCCUAGCUCCCACAGCAGCACUCCAUCCUGGUGCGAGGAACCAGCCCAGGCCAACAUGGACAUCUCCACAGGUCACAUGAUCCUGGCGUACAUGGAGGACCACCUGAGGAACAAGGACCGUCUGAUGAAGGAAUGGGAGGGUCUGUGCUCCUACCAGGCUGAGCCCAGUUCUGUGUCUACGGCUCAGAGUGACUCCAACGGCAAGAAGAACCGCUGCAGCCACUCUGUUCCCUACGACCACUCCAGGGUGAAGCUGAAAGCAGAGAUUAACCCAUCACGCUCCGACUACAUCAACGCCAGCACCAUUAUUGAGCACGAUCCCCGGAUGCCAGCCUACAUUGCCACUCAGGGGCCCCUGUCCCACACCAUCUCUGACUUCUGGCAGAUGGUGUGGGAGAACGGCUGCACCGUGAUCGUGAUGAUGACCGCUCUGGUGGAAGAUGGGGAGAAACAGUGUGACCGCUACUGGCCUGAUGAAGGCUCAUCCCUCUAUCACAUCUAUGAGGUGAACCUGGUGUCAGAGCACAUCUGGUGUAACGACUUCCUGGUUCGCAGUUUCUACCUGAAGAACGUGCAGACGCAGGAGACACGCACGCUCACGCAGUUCCACUUCCUGAGCUGGCCUGCGCAGGGCAUCCCAACCUCCGCGCGCCCCCUGCUGGACUUCCGCAGGAAGGUGAAUAAAUGCUACCGAGGACGAUCCUGCCCCAUCAUCGUACACUGCAGUGACGGUACCGGCAGGACUGGGACCUACAUUCUGAUUGAUAUGGUUCUGAAUCGAAUGGCUAAAGGCGUGAAAGAGAUCGACAUCGCUGCGACGCUGGAGCACAUCAGAGACCAGAGGCCCGGGAUGGUGCGCACCAAGGACCAGUUUGAGUUUGCUCUGACAGCGGUCGCUGAAGAGGUGAACGCCAUCCUCAAAGCUCUGCCCCAGUGAGACCAGAAGAACCAGACUAGCCUUCAGUUAGAUGGACUGAACUCCUCCCCUAUGACUCAGGCGCUCAGAACCUUUCCUCACACGGCACUUCUAAACCAACGUUAGGGUUAGACUGCUUCAGGAUGUUUCUCCAAACUGCAUGUGAAUGCACCAUGAACUCUGUGAUUUUAUUUCUGCAGCCAUGCUCUGACCCUCAUGUGACUGCAGUCUGUAGAAAAUGUGCUUUUUGUUUGGACUCUCCCAGAAAAAUUAACUAAACAUUUGAAUAUUAAAGCCACAGAAUGUCACACCAACCCAUUUGGUACCUGCAUCCCAGCUAAAUUCUCUGUUUUCAUGUUUAAAACCUGCAGAAGAAGCCGUCCCCUCCCGUGUGCCACUCUUACCUCUUUCAGUCUAUGGGUAUGUUGUUGUUUACCUCAAGCAAGAUGGAAAAUAAAACAAAAAAAUAACUAUUUUGUAUGUGUGAGACCUUCAAAUAAAUCUGUGUUUAAGUGUUGCAACAG